AUGCAUCAGCAAAGGGGUCCCCUACGAACCACUACGCUGUACAAACUUACAACAGAUAAGGGUCUCAAGUACCCCCCAAAAGGGGAACAAUGCCUGCGCGUGCGCAUGUUACGGCGCGGGGCGGGCGCGUCACGCCUUGCGCGCCCGGAAGCACCUCCGGCCGGACGCACAGAUUGUCGAGCCCCUGAUACCUUCCGGUGA